GGGUCUGAAACUGCGCUAGCGACAGUCUGACACUCUGAUUCGCUAGCUAAUUGGCGCUUGCGUCUGUUAGUGAAUUGGCGAUGUCCCUGUGGGUGGCGAAUUGUAUAUAACGUUGGCCACUUUGCUCUUUAAUCUGCCCCCAUAUUUCAGGUCUGAUAUAUAUGAACAAUGAUGUAUCUUAUCUGGUUUGUUUUUAUUCUUCUUCUCCUUGCCAUGUUAGAGACAGACAAGGCCUAAAAAUACACAGCUUUGUAUGUAAAUAGACUAGAGCUGAUUACAGAGUGGGACUCUGGCCAAGGUUGGAGCCUCAGGGUAUUUUGCAUGAAAAUGUGAUGCCUGCGCCUUAACCCUCUCAUGGAUGUCACUGUAGGUUCAGGGCUGGGUGGGAUCUUUGCCUUCCUUUACUGGCACUACAAUCGCACCAGACUUCCCGUGUAGUCUAAUGGCAAAGCUAGGACCAUGACGGAGGGAACCUUGCACUGACACAAAUCUAGGGGUAGACAACCUUCAACACUUUACGCUCUUGAUUAGGGAAACUACAUCUACCAGCAUCCGCCUACCCAGACGUACUGCGACAGGAAUGCUGGGAGAUGUAGUUCCAAGGCUGAAGGAGCACCUAAGGUACCUCAUCCUUGAGCUAAUGCUGUCAGCCGAGUAAAGGGCUUAAGAAGGUCCCUAGAUUAGGCUGUGGGCGACUGCAUUGCUUCUUGUGUGCGUUGCAUUCAAAGGCAGCGAGCCAUUUAAACAGGGAAAGCAGCAGCAGCAGCGCUGGGAACACCUGAAACCGAGCUAUUCGGAGGGGGCGGGAUGCUUUUCUCGCUGUUCUGACGCCUCCUUUGCUGGGAAUGAGGAGAUACGGAAAGGAAACCGGAGCGACUGAUCCACCCCCCCAUCGGUUGUUUUAGUGCAAAUGGUCCCGCCGAGCCACGUGACAGGGGCUAUUGCACACCUAUAUAAGGGCAGCUGUGCGGCUACAUCUUGUCUCUGGAUGGCCGUGCCGCUAUAGAUUGUCUCAUUGAUAGGUGAGGAGAGGGGGGAAACAAUCGUACACUUCUCGUCAUCGCCGCCUCAUUCCUGAGCCCUCGGGGUAUUGGCGCACACACACGCACUGUAUCAGCCUGUCUGUAGUGGUACAUCCCUGGCUUGAGGUCGAAGGGGGAAAUCGCCCCCCUCCCAUUUGGCUGGCAGUUUUAUUUUGCCCCUCAGUCCUUUGUGCUGCGCCUGACAGUUGCCUGAGCGGAGCCCUAUGCUGAAUCAGGCUAUUGUUUGGCAUCGGAGAGCUUUCACGCUACAAAUCUCUGCUCCUCGCUCCCCCCCCCCCUUGGAUGACAAUGUGCCUUUCCCGCACAUGAAUGUGGAAGCGAUAAUCUGGACUGAUUGCAAAUGAAGUGGAAUGCAUUGUGGGACGUGGCGGGGACAACCGGAUCGUUCGAGGGACAAACCAAGCGAGCGGCCCUGCAGCAGCUUCCUCGGAGGAGGUGGUAGCGGUACAAUGUCGGCAGCCCGUGUCCAUGUCGGGCGCCUGAGGUUCCGCUGAGAGGGCGAGUAACGGCAGGAGCACCAUUAGCCUCCCGACAUGAAGAAAACCCGGAGUACAACGUUACGCCGGGCCUGGCCUAGCGCUGACUUUUCUGACCGGGCCUCGGAGCGGAUGAGGUCCCGGAGCGAAAAGGACUAUCGGCUGCACAAACACUUCCCAGCAACGUUCAUUUCCCAGGCAACCCGCGGCUAUAUGACAUCAGGUGAUGUGUCGCCCAUCAGCAUGUCUCCAAUCAGCCAGUCACAGUUUAUUCCUCUUGGGGAAAUCCUAUGCGUGGCCAUCUCCGCUAUGAAUUCAACUAGAAAGCCUGUCAACCAGGAAGCACUAAUAGAACACCUGACAACUUUUUACCCAGGUGUACCCACCCCAAGUCCAGAGGUCCUUCGGCUUACACUUAACAUGCUUGUACGAGAGAGAAAAAUCUACCCUACUCCUGACGGAUACUAUCUUGUUACACCGCAGACCUAUUACAUAACCCCAUCUCUUAUAAGAACUAGCAGUAAAUGGUACCACUUGGAUGAAAGGAUACCUGACCAGUCUCAGUGUACCUCUCCACAACCAGGAACUAUAACACCAUCCCCUUCAGGAUGUGUCAGGGACAGAACUCUCUCCAAAAACCACUGCGACUCUUGUCAUUGCUGCAGAGAAGAUAUGCAUAGCCUUCAUGCAUCAACCCUUCAAAGGAGAUCCCCAAAAGACUGCAAAGACUCAUAUUGCCCUCCAUCCAUUUGUCAGAUUCCCCCGACUGAGAAAAGCAAAAGUACCCUAAAUUAUUCAUAUAAAACAGAUACGCUCACAAAAUCUAAAGAUGGGGAAAAGCCAUCUAAAAAGUUUGGCCUGAAAUUGUUUAGGCUAAGUUUUAAAAAGGAUAAGGCAAAGCAGCUGGCCAAUUUCUCAGCUCAGUUUCCUCCUGAAGAAUGGCCCCUAAGAGACGAGGACACUCCAACUACUAUACCCCGAGAAGUAGAAAUGGAAAUUAUCAGGCGAAUAAACCCAGACUUGACCGUAGAAAAUGUUGUGAGACACACUGCACUAAUGAAAAAACUUGAAGAAGAAAAAUCUCAGAGGAGCAAGGCUGGGUCAUCUGCGCACCACAGUGGGAGAAGUAGAAGGAGUAGGACUCAUAGGAAAACUCAUGGAAAAUCUCAUUCUCACAGCAAGAAUAGGGCUUCCAAAGGUGACCCAUCUGAGGGAUCACGUCUAGACAUACCUGCAGAAAGAGAGUAUGAAUUCUACCAUCCUCGGAAUCGUUCACCCAGGGAGGGAUGUUUUAUAAUGGAGCGCAAAGGAGGAGAGAAUUUUGUUGUGCUUAGCAAUCCAAGCAUGAUUGAGUCCCAUUUAUCUGUUACGCCGGAAUGGGAUGUCUCUGGUGAACUGGCCAAAAGGAGAACUGAAAUGCCUUUUCCUGAGCCUUCAAGGGGUAGUUCCAAUUCCAAGGUCCAUCGUAGCCACAGCCAUACACAGGAUAGAAGAUCAAGAAAUGAACGGUCAAAUAAAGCCAAGGAAAGGUCUAGGUCGAUGGACAACUCAAAGGGGCCAUUAAGUUGUGCUUCUUUAGGUACUCCAGAUGAUCUAGGGGAAGGCUGCAGUCUUGAUGAGAAAACACCAAGCCAGUCUUUUAUUGAUGACGGCACAUUAAGACCAUCCCAUUCAUUGACUCAUCAACGAACUGUGUCCUAUAAAGACCCCUGUAUAACUGAACUUGCUAGUGGUGGUGCAGAUACUCCUAAAUCAUGCAGCCUAAUAGAACAAGGCAAACUUCCAGAUACAUUAUCUUCAUACAGUGAACUCAAUUCUUGUUCCAAAAAAACGGCAGAUGACUAUUUUCAGUGUAACACGUCUAGUGAAACCAUUCUCACUGCUCCAUCCCCUUUAGGAAAAAAUAAUAAAGAAGAUAUUGAUAUUCCAAGCCUCACAGAAAGCUUGAAAAGGCUGUCUCCUGCUGAAAAGCCAACCCAACAUAUAGCCAGAGAACAAGGUGAAUACCGUGAAGACUCUCCAAAGGCCCAGAUUAGUAGUGUUCUAUCCGUUGCUCCUUCUGGCCAAACUCCUGAGGUGAUUUCUAAUGGUCGAUUGGUGCCACAUCAUAAUGCAGAAUCAAGUAGCCUUGACAAAAGGAAAGAAAUAUUCAGUAAAGAUACUUUGUUUAAACCUUUGCACAAUAGCCUAUCUGUGAACAGUUUUCAUAAAUCUGGUGUGAGCUUGCUAAAAUCACACCAAAAAACGUCUCCUGAAACACUGCCAGCAAGCGUCGAAAACUUUGAGCAACCUAUCACCACCUCAGUUUCCCAAAACCUUGCCGUCUCACCAAGGCCCCAGGAGCCUACAGCAAAUCCAGAAGCCUCUUUUGAUUACUACAAUGUGUCUGAAGAUGGUGAGUCUGAGGAAGGCACACAAAAGACUGCAGAAGAGGAAAAAAACAGAGAUGACAGAGAUGAAGUGGGCACGAUGCAGUGGCUGCUACAGCGGGAGAAAGAAAGGGAUUUGCAGAGGAAGUUUGAGAAGAAUCUCACACUUCUAAACCCAAAGGAAAGUGAAAACAGUAGCAGCCAGAGAGCCACACAUUCCGCUCGCUUAGAUAGCAUGGACAGUAGCAGCAUCACUGUAGAUAGUGGAUUUAACUCCCCACGUACACGAGAGAGCCUGGCGUCCAAUACUUCCAGUAUUGUUGAAAGUAACAGACGACAGAACCCGGCCCUUAGUCCCGCUCAUGGUGGUGCUGGCCCAACAUUUAACUUCCGAACAUCUGCUGCAGAAACCACAACAACUGACACUGAUAAACUACAGAAACCCACUAAUUGUUUGCAAGCUUCUGUUACUAGCGUUUGACAGCCUCAAAUCUUGUUUUGUCCCAUAUUCUACAGCAGGGAUGGCCAACUUGCUGCAAUACGGUGGCUGCACAGCUACAAUUCCCUCGGUGGGAGUAGUAAUUCUGCAGCUCCCGGAGAGCCCCCAGUUGACCAUCCCUGCUAUUCAGCAAAGUUUACUACACUGAGACUGAUGUUUACAUCUCCUAACAAGCCUCAUACACCUACAGUUUUUGUCUUACUGAAACUGUGCUGCUAGUGAGCCCAGUGGGCAAUGGCAAGAACAGAAGUCCAACUUUUUUAA